AUCUUAUGGCGUUAAAUGUCCCAUUCAAAGUAAAAGGCUAAUGGAAGCUUGUCACUCAUCAAAAUGCAAGCUUCUGAGAAGCUUGGAUGUUUGUCUCUUUUGAAACAGCAAUCUUUGGAAGGGAUCAAUCCUUCAAUGGGUCAGAGGAGCAGGCCAUGGUUGGAAUUCAAGCAGGCAACACCCGCAGCAAACGCCUGGUCACUCCAUUGUGGGAUGUUAAAGGGCAUUGUCGGUGGUUAAAAGGAGUCGAUGAUAGGUAGAGAGAGCCUCUAUUUGUCUCUACAUCCACUUGGGGUUUGCAUUGUGAUGUUGAGUGUUAUUUUAUCAUCUUCAUACCAGAAGUUAUCAGGGUCUCACCAUUGUUCCUGAAUCAGACAAUGGCCUGGCUUCUGCAUUGUCAUUUUCUAAUUGUCAUUAUUGUGCCUCCGAUUCAUAGCACGCCAUUGAGAACCAAUUCAGAGCUGGAGGUGUUUUUUUUUUUUUUUCUCUCUCUUGAAGAGUAUCUCUUAGUUCCUUCGUUUCUCGCUCUGCUUUUAUACAUUCCAUGUUCGUCUCUACUUACUAUCAUGGAACAUUUUUGUCCGUGUAUACUACCCACCUACUACUUCUUUUCCAGCCGCUAAACUACUAUCUGAGCCCUUGUUGAAGGACCUUCAUAUAGAUUCUCUAUUUUGAUGUGACUCUCGUGUAUCUUUGAAUCCCAAAUUCACUUGAGUUUGGCUCUCCGAAGCAAAAUUAUAUUAGAGAUACGGCGGAUGUCAAAGUCCCGACAAGAAUGUCGACCGUGGACUAUACGCAUAUGGAAAUUGUUCCACAUCCGACAGACGAUGAAUCGCUCUCAGGCGAAACAGUCUUCGACGAUGGUCCUACAAACCACAGGGGUGUUAAAAGAGGGUGCUCCAGCGUCGAGAGCUCGGACGAUGAUCAGCAUCCAGGUGAUGACCACUCGGGGGGAAAGCGUCGCCGCCAGCAUUUCGACCUAGAUAUGCCAGUUACAGAACCAUGCCUUGGGCCACCGAUUCACAAUCCAGAACUAUAUGACCAGAUUCAGCGCAUCAGCAGGACCACUGGAUCUUACGUGGGGCCUGGAGCCGCGGUCGUUUUAAAAUAUGAGCCCCCUGAGCCACGAAGUCCAACGCCCAUGGAUGAGGGUUGGAUCGACGGGACAAAAUCUGCUUAUGAGCGGAAUCUGGAAUCGAAGUUGAAUGAACUCCGGGGUGGACAAGACCAGAGCGAUGAGAGCGUCAAGGCCCCGCCAAUAAGUCCCUUAACUCCUAUAAAUGAACGUGUGCAGGUAUCAGAGGGCGAACCGUAUGCGAAUGGGCGAGCGCAAUUAUCCUCCGAAGGUAGUCAGUUAAAACGUGGAGAGCGAUCUCAGGGAGUGGAACUGCAUGGAAAUGAGAGAGAAGAAAUGGAAUUAAACAGAAGAGGAGCUUUGGAAGACAAUCAUGAGCGAAAGCACAGCCAAAUAUUGGCGGGCCAAACGGGCGGUAAAAAGUUACCUGAGCUAAUGGCUUUCCAUGCCGAGAUGGAAGAAGAAAAUUCGUCCCUGAAGGCAUCUUCCUCCGUGGCAACAUUCAGCUCUUCCAAUCUAAGAGAGUCGGAAGAAAGUUCCUCUUCACCAAUCGCUCCCGGUCAGCGGCGCCGUAGAAGAUUCCAAGAACUCUCCGUCCCAGAUGAAGCUGCGAGUGGAAGCAGCAGCACGCACGCUUCAAAGUCGGGAGCUCCUCAGGGGAACACGAACCACCCUUCGAGUCAUGAUUCUAGCUCCGGUCCAGCCCGAGAGAAAAGCCGGUCAAAGACCCCUACCUCUCCUCGGCCCUCACCGAUGCCUAGAAAAGGACUCAGGAAAGGGUCACUACUUGAGCUUUUCCCAAGGAUCACACAUUUCAGGCGGAUUCGAACCUGGGCAGGACGACCGGGCAAGACGCCAAGCAUCAGAAGGUUGAGUAAUCCGAUAAAUCUGUCGCCAAAUCCCCGUUUGACCAGGCCUUGUCGACGAAAUGUCGAAAUUGUCUCUCCACCACUGCCGAUACCAAGCCCAUCAGCCAGGACACCCCGACCAUCACCACCCCGUCCGGCGGUGAUAGAUCCAGAAAUGGCGCCGAAUAGGCAUGUUAGAGAUAUAGCGUUCCCCAGUAUCGAAUAUGAUCCGAACGCCGGGCCCAUCGAUAUUACAACGCCACCAAGAAGACCUAAAAUGAGAAUUGGUCCGCCGCGCGGUCGAGGGAAUAGAUCACGACUGCGCGCAUUAUCAGAAACAUCACGCCAUAUCACAAGAGGACCAGCUAGCCCUAAAGUUAAGGGCGAAUUUAGUGGUACUGGGACCCCAAGGGUGGUUGAUGGUGCAACCCAAGCCUCUGGCCCCGCUGCAGCUGCCAUUGCGUCCAACCAGAAUCCAGUGGGAGCUACAGAAGUAAGUCGCGGUGCACCUCGUCGUAAAGCAAACACGAGACGCGGCCCACCUCCCGGUCGAAAAGCCAGAAAGCAGAAUAUCGCGCCCACUGUGACAGCACCAAGUGAUACUGCGACAACUAGCCAAGGUGCAGGGAUCGUGGAGACCCAACGCAAAGCUCAAGAAGCAGUCGCCCAGGACCCCGUUCCCACAAUUGAACCGACAGAAACUAUCACAGAGCUUGGCGAGUCAAGAACUGUCAAUGAAGCUAAUACUGCGCUGAAAAGAGAACCUCAAAGCCGCAGCCAACCGAAUAACGAACCAGAGCCAGCUACAAUAGCAGUUCCAAUGACGGGUAGGGCAUCUACGAAGGCAAAACUAACUACAAACGUCUCAGAUACAACACCAGUGGCCAGAAAUACUCGUGCAGCAGCGAGAAGGGCUGCUGCAGCGGCAGAAGCAGCGGCAAAUCCUCCUCAAGAGAAUGUGCAGGCACUGGAGGACCCACAGCAACGGGUAGAAGAGCCCAAGACGACGACCAAAAGGGGACAGGGAAAGAAGACAACCACUGCAGCAACGGCGAAAAUUAAAGCACCAGCGGCCAAGACAGCGACAAAGAAAAGAGGCGGUGCGAAGACCGCGGCUACUGAGGACACCGAGGAGGCCGAUGAUGAAGGCGAGAGCGAACAAGAGGACAAUGACGAGGAAGCAAUUGACCCUACUCCGAAAACAACCUCAUCAAGAGCUAAAAAGGGAGCUACCGCCUCCAAAGCAGGAGGGAAGGGUAAAGGCAAGACUUCAAGGAAACCAACCAAAGCCGCCCCCAAGAAACGUGGGAAAAAGAAGUAGCGAGGGCCAGUCGAAUGGGGGCGCUGGUCGACAUGUAUCUCGUAUGGUCUCGAGCGAUAUGCAUCCUUGUUGCAUUUUCGUGGUCAUUUGUUUGUUUUUAGCUGUCGAA